UUUUCAUAGCGCGCAAAGACUUCUGGGAUUUAAAAUGGCUUCAGUUUUGAAAAGUUAGUUAUGGAAGAUUCUCCUUGGAGAAAAGAAAACUUGUUUUUCUUAAACGCUGAUUUUUAUCUGUUGUCUUAGCACCUUAAAAUAUAAUAAUGUAUAACUCUUGUGUGUUUCAUGGCAUCGUUGGGACGGCGGUGUAUAGAACUGUGUUCAGGUUGAACUCCACUCAUGCAAUGACAGGCAGAGCCCGGUCCUGCCAAAUCAUUACAGAUGCUAAGAGAAAUUGCAGGCAAUUGCAUGACAAAGCAGGAUCGAGCAAGUUUAUCCUGUACAAUCUGACCCACAGGACUUUGUUGAAACUUCAAGGAAAGGACACCAGAAUUUUUCUACAGGGUCUUAUUACCAAUGACAUCGAGCGCCUGGCGGUUAAAGGUGAGCAGAGAGCUCUCUACGCACACAUGCUGAACGUUCAAGGGAGGACGCUGUUUGAUGUCAUUAUAUACAGCUUGACAAAUAACGAAGAGGGUGAAUGCAGCGUACUCUUGGAAUGUGACAGCACAGUGACAGACUCCCUUCAAAAACACCUGAAGGUCUAUAAAAUCCGUCGGAAGGUAACUGUUGCGCCCUGUUCAGACCUGUCGCUGUGGGCAGUAAUGCCCCAGGGAGGAGAGGAGGACAGCAAGACUGCCAACUUGGAGCUCACAUGUUCAACUAGCGUGCGGGUGUGGGAAGCAGACCCUCGUGUGGCAGUGAUGGGCUGGAGGCUGGUUGUGGACAAGCAAGUGAAUCCUCAGGAACUCAUACCACAGAGCCAGCAGGGGGACAUUGAUGACUACCAUAGAUACCGAUACACAAUUGGGCUCUCUGAGGGUGUGGAGGACCUUCCUCUGGGGGUGGCUCUCCCCCUGGAGUCCAACCUGGUCUACAUGAAUGGGGUCAGUUUCACCAAAGGCUGUUACAUUGGUCAGGAGCUGACAGCCAGGACUCACCACACUGGCGUCAUCCGCAAGCGCCUGAUGCCUGUGCGUCUGUCUGGCCCUGUCCAAGAGCCCGAGAAGGACAUCUGUACUGCGUCAGGGAAGUCAGCGGGGAAAUACCGUGCCGGCUUAGGAUCCCUGGGUCUGGCGCUGAUCCGCCUUGCUCAUGCUAACGAACAGCUUAUCCUCCAGUCCUCAGAGGGUGUCAGACUCACGUUGAAGGCUUCUGUACCUAACUGGUGGCCAAAGGACCAAAAAAGUAUUAAGGAAUCGUAAAGGAAAUUCUUAACAAUGUAGGCGCAAUACUCAGGAUAGGCACAAAACUUUGAAAUGCUUGUGAUAAGGACAGUAAAGUAAUGGUAUUAAAUAAUGUGUUAAACUAUGUACAUAUUAUCUAUCCCUUUGUAUAGAUAACACUGGUGUUUGUUUCUUGGAGUCUGUAUGAGUUUGAAUUUGAUUCUUUUGCAAAUUGAACCACAUAAAUAAACUUUAGUUAAAUGAA